AUAGUUUCCUCAUUUCGCUGGAAUUUAUUCAUGUGUCAGUGUGAAUUAGUUUGAAAUUUGCCUUCUCAGUUGAAUUGAAUGCGAGGAAAGGCUUUGGGUGUGUGUAUGCCAUUCAGGCCACUCAGACCUUUGUGUCGUGUGUAUCUCGAUCUCUGUAGGCGUGUGUGUGUAAAAGGCAAAACGACCGAGAGAACCUAUUUUCACUUUCGUUUGCGGGACGUGCGACUCUGUCUCUCGGUAAUUCAUUAUAUAAUAAUAGCACGCGUCACGCACGCGGAAUUGCUAAUUAGCACUAAACUCGCGCGCGCGGUUACGCACUUGCUUACGGCCGGUGUAUUUGCAAGAAACGAGCAACGUCCCAGAAAAAAAUGUCACACGCCCGGUUGCGUCAGCCGCGGACGGUAUUUUUGCCAGCAGAUUCACGCAAUUCUCACGCAUGGCCAGCGUUGCAAUUUCAAUACGCAUUUUCAUUUUUAUCUGCACAAAAAAUCAAACUAGAGCAGUAUUCAGUGACUGGAAAUAUUCGGUAAUUUAAAUUGUGCGGGAGAGAGCAGAAAAAGGAAACCAAAAAUGCAAUUUUUUCGCGAGUGCGUUCAAGUGCACGGUUAUUGCUGCCUAUUAAUCUACUUUAUUGCGGCGUUGACUUUCUCGAAGCAAGAAAUUGGCAAUUAAAGCGGAGUUAAACGCGACGACGUCCUCGAUUUUUGCCUCGCUAAGAAAAGUCUGAUUGCCGCGUGCGUUGGAAAUCGGCCGGAGCUGUGUCGCCCAAACUGAGAGCGCCGAAUUCGGUGUGCUAGUAUGCGCCGGCCGGGUCGAGGAAGAUUGCAAAAGACACGGUGUUGACGCAAUUAUUGCCGCUGAUGAGCUAGGGUCAGCGCACGCGGAAAGAAAUCAGAUUAGCUUUUGGCACACACGCGCAUUUAUUAUAAGGGACGCUCUUUUGCGUGUGCAAAACAACUCAAACGAGCCGCAUUUCGUAACUGCAGCGCCAGAGAACAGCUCCUUAGCUCGCGGGGUUUUAUUGUUUAUCGCGCAUUUAUUUAUGUUGACAGAUUUUGCAAACAGGAGGCAAAAAAUAUUUGUUUAUAUAUUUGUUAUAAUAAGAAAUAGUAGAAAAUUUUCACUAAAAGUUUUAAAUUUCAUAAGACCAAGACUCGCAGUCAGCCAUAAUAGGUGAUAUUUUUCUUGCAUGAUAACUUGAAAGACAAGUUCUAUAAUGUAAUACAUAAUUGAGAGUCAAGCCCAUAAGUCACAUGACUCGAUACAUUAUAAAUAGUAUCCUGGAUCUGCUUCUGUCUGUAGACGAAUAUGACUUGCAAAAAAUACUGAACAGUUGGCUUCAAAAGUUUGUAUGAAGUAAAAAUAAAAGAUAGGAGUGGUCAAUGCCGCAAUGUUGAUUCGUCAGACAUUUUCGAUACGUAGGUGCAUAUUAUAUUAUUCGAUUUAUUUGCCGCGGCGUGCCGAGCAUGGACUCAGUGCGUGUGCCUUUUUGCUCCAAGUGCUUUUCGCUCUUGAUCAAGAUCCACUUUGGCUUAUUGAGAGCAAGGGCAAAAUUCGCGCGACGCACAAACAGAGGCUAAUCUGUAUAUAUAGCUAUUGCGUUUAAUUUCAUUGAUGUCUCUGAUGACUGAAUUUCGACCUUUUUAAAAUGGAGCAAGUCAAAGUGUUUUAGUUCCGAAAGUUGAUUAAACGUCACCUUGACUGUCAAUUUCAAAACAAAUUAACUUCCAGAAGUUUCGAACGUGCAUUUAUCUUUCUCUCACUUCUCCUGUCACAUCCAUUGGAUAGUUAGAUAAAAAUGACGAUUGGCCCAAUGGUGAUUUUAAGGCUCUGCAGUGGAAUGAAAUACUUCAAAUUACUAAAAGGGGAAAUACCAAUGAAAGAUUUUACUUUGUCAAUUUACGAGAAAAACUAGAGAAACUGUAUAGCUUUUCGGAGCGGAAUAUUAAAUUUCUUCACAGAAAAUGAUUAGAAAUUUCCAAUUUUCAGGUAGUAAUUUUCCUGUAUUGGAUGAAGCCAAAAUCUCUUUGUUUUCGUUCACAAUAAGAAUUUUGACUCAAAUAUAGUAUCAACUCAUGUAAUGCAAUCAAUAGAAGACGCGAUGAUAAGAUUGCAAAUUUAGAACAAAGACUCUGAGCUGAACACAAUUCUGAAUCGCGGCAACUGUAGUAACAUGGUUUUGCCAAAAAUCAUCUUGUUCGCCAUUGUCGUUGCGGCCAGUGCGGCUAGCGUCAGUCAACCGCAUGGAGAAAAAUGGAGGAAUGCACCUCCAGGGAGACGCGUCUCGAUCAACGGCAAGGAAUAUAUCUUUGGAGAUGUAGACUCAAACGGUUCCCUGACAGACGCUCACAACUACUGCAACACGCGAAACAUGGUCGUGUUGGCAUUUGACACAGAAAACGAAUUUGAACAAGUGAGGCAGUACAUCCAGACGGAAGCCAGUCAGCAGAACAUGACAGCUUACUGGACGUCUGGGAUGCGGGCGUCCGACUCGGACACGUGGUACUGGUCGAGCAACCACCAAACAUUUGACCCCAGCCUGGUGCACUGGGGCCCGGGCAGUCCGAGGCAGCCAUUGACAUGGGACGCGUGCGUGGCCAUCGUCGGUCCCACCUUUGAUUGGGUUGACGAGCUGCUUGGCAUGUGUGAGUUUGGCUACAUCAGACAUUUCAUCUGCGAAGAACUGUGAAUUCCAAAACAAUAA